GAGGAUUUGGGCUAGGGGCGGGGCCUGCGGUGCAGCGUGGCUCCUGAUUGCUGGAGCGCGGCUGCCAAUCUCGCAGAAUCGCUCGGUUAACCAGUGCGCUGGCGAGACGCGGUCAGAUAUACUGAGUGAGCCCUGAGAAGCAGUCUCAGAUCCUGACGGUGCAGCAGCCCGCAGCCUCAGCCAGGGAGUCCCAGCCGCUUUCAAUGGAGGAGAAGCCCGGCCAGCCACAGCCUCAGCACCAUCACAGCCACCACCAUCCGCACCAUCAUCCCCAGCAGCAGCAGCAGCAGCCGCACCACCAUCACCAUUAUUAUUUCUACAACCAUAGCCACAACCACCAUCACCACCACCAUCACCAGCAGCCUCACCAAUACUUGCAGCAUGGAGCCGAGGGCAGCCCCAAGGCCCAGCCAAAGCCGCUGAAACAUGAGCAGAAACACGCCCUCCAGCAGCACCAGGAAACGCCGAAGAAGAAAACAGGCUAUGGCGAACUAAAUGGUAAUGCUGGAGACAGAGAAAUAUCUUUAAAGAGCCUGAGUUCUGAUGAAGCUACCAACCCUAUUUCUAGGGUCCUCAAUGGCAACCAACAAGUUGUAGACACUAAUCUAAAGCAGACUGUAAAGGCCAACACCUUUGGGAAAGCAGGAAUUAAAACCAGGAAUUUCAUUCAGAAAAACAGUAUGGACAAAAAGAAUGGGAAGUCUUAUGAAAAUAAAUCUGGAGAGAACCAGUCUGUAGACAAGACUGAUACCGUAGCAAUUCCAAAUGGUGUUGUAACAAAUAAUUCUGGCUAUAUUACUAAUGGUUAUAUGGGCAAAGGAGCAGAUAAUGAUGGUAGUGGUUCUGAGAGCGGAUAUACCACUCCUAAAAAAAGGAAAGCUAGGCGCAAUAGUGCCAAGGGUUGUGAAAACCUUAAUUUAGUGCAGGACAAAAUAAUGCAACAAGAGACCAGUGUCCCAACCUUAAAACAGGGACUUGAAACUUUCAAGCCUGACUACAGUGAACAAAAGGGAAAUCGAGUAGAUGGUUCCAAGCCUAUUUGGAAGUAUGAAACUGGGCCUGGAGGAACAAGUCGAGGAAAACCUGCUGUAGGUGAUAUGCUGCGGAAAAGCUCUGAUAUUAAACCUGGUGUGAGCAGCAAAAAGUUUGAUGAUCGGCCCAAAGGAAAGCAUGCUUCUGCUGUUACCUCCAAAGAGGACUCGUGGACCCUAUUUAAACCACCCCCAGUUUUUCCAGUGGACAAUAGCAGUGCUAAAAUAGUUCCUAAAAUAAGUUAUGCAAGCAAAGUUAAGGAAAACCUCAACAAAACUGUACAGAAUUCUUCUGUGUCACCGUCUUCAUCUUCAUCCUCUUCGUCAUCUACUGGAGAAACUCAGACUCAGUCUUCAAGUCGGUUAUCCCAGGUCCCUAUGUCAGCACUGAAAUCUGUUACUUCGGCCAGCUUUUCUAAUGGGCCUGUAUUAGCAGGGACUGAUGCAGGUGUAUAUUCUCCAGGGGGUCAGCCACUGCUAACUACUGCUGCUAAUACUCUAACACCCAUCUCUUCUGGGACUGAUUCAGUUCUCCAGGACAUGAGUCUGACUUCAGCAGCUGUUGAACAAAUUAAGUCUAGCCUUUUUAUCUACCCUUCAAAUAUGCAAACUGUGCUACUGAGCACAGCACAAGUGGAUCUACCCUCUCAGACAGAUCAGCAAAACCUAGGGGAUAUCUUCCAGAAUCAGUGGGGUUUAUCAUUUAUAAAUGAGCCCAGUGCUGGCCCUGAGACUGUUAUUGGGAAGUCGUCAGAUCAUAAAGUGAUGGAGGUGACGUUUCAAGGGGAAUAUCCUGCCACUUUGGUUUCACAGGGUGCUGAAAUAAUCCCCUCAGGAACUGAGCAUCCUGUGUUUCCCAAGGCUUAUGAGCUGGAGAAACGGACUAGUCCUCAAGUUCUGGGUAGCAUUCUAAAAUCCGGGACUAUUAGUGAGAGUGGAGCCUUAUCCUUGGAACCCAGUCAUAUAGGUGACCUGCAAAAAGCAGACACCAGUAGUCAAGGUGCUUUAGUGUUUCUCUCAAAGGACUACGAGAUAGAAAAUCAAAAUCCUCUGGCGUCUCCUACGAACACUUUGUUAGGUUCCGCCAAAGAACAGAGAUACCAGAGAGGCCUAGAAAGGAAUGAUAGCUGGGGUUCUUUUGACCUGAGGGCUGCUAUUGUAUAUCACACUAAAGAAAUGGAAUCAGUUUGGAAUUUGCAGAAGCAAGAUCCCAAAAGGAUAAUCACUUACAAUGAAGCCAUGGAUAGUCCAGAUCAAUGAAGGACCAGACUGCCUAUUUGUAACCUUUCUGCAGCAUUAGAGCCACCGUUCAUGGGGGACACAAGGCUUUUAUGCUCCUAGAUCUUCAACGCAGCAGAGGAACCAUAAGUAGAAUCACAGGAUAAUAUAUACAAAUAUAUAUAUAUACAUAUAUAUAUAUAGUUAUUUAAAAAAAAAAGGCAACUGAAAGUAAUUAGACUUCUUAAGGAAUCAAAUUUAUUUCAAGAGACUACACAUGGUUAUUUAAUCUCCGGUACUGAAUAGUUUUUUUUCUUUUUUUCUUUUGUUAGUUUUUGUUUUUAAGUGUGAAUGCAAGUGAUUAAUGAAUACAGACUUAUUAACAAGCGUGGUUCUAAAGUUCCUGCUGUCAUCAACUUGGGCAACAAAUGACCCACUGGAAAGGCAAAUCCACUUAAAAGAUCUCUGUAUCUUGUUCUGUGACUAAAGUGAUACACUAAUCACGGGGAACCCAGAAUGAUUCAACAUUUUCCCCCACUCCUCCCUUGAUCUUUUGGUUAUACUUUGAGCCCUGCGAGAAUGCUGGAUAAAUGCCUUGAAGUUUGCAGGGGUGUAUUUUUUUAGCGAAUAUGAUUUGCAUGUCUUGCCAGGAGUUAAGCAGCCUCUGUGGGGUGUUGGGGAAAUAUUUUCUUUCCUUCCUUUUAUUUUUUUGUGGGGUGGGGAUGGGGGAGGGCAUUCAAGUUCUACAAUUCUGGAAUAGUUGGUGGUACAUAGUUCACUUGGCUUUGGUUUCAUAUUGGACUUUAACAAGUGACGAAUCCAUGAGUGUCAUUUAAAGAACAGUUACAGAACAAACAAUUGGCUUUAGAUAUUUAAUAUGGAAAAAUAUUCUUGUGCCCAUAUUUUAAUGUAAUUGUAUAAGUGGGAGCAAAAAUAUAUUCUGCUUUUCAACUGUAGGUGCUCCAGACUUGCUCUCUGUCACUAACACUAAAUGUGCUGUUUUCCUUGUUUUUCAUCAAACAUCUAAAGAGAAACUUCUGUACCUUUCUGUAAAUUCUCUUUUAAUUUGUCAGAAAUAUCUAAAAGGGGAGGAAAAAAUUCCAUGAAAACUUUAAAACUUUUCAUGUUUUUAGCCAGUGAGGAGGUAAUAAACUCUGCCUAUAGAAGGUGUGUUUUCAUGCAAACUAUACUUCUGAGCUUAUUAGCUUCUAAUUAUAUCUUAAUAAAUAUAUUUUAUUACUAGAGCAAAAUGGGUUUUUUAAGGAAAAUAAUGUGAAAUUCUGGAAAUUUUCUUUUGGGCAGAGAAGAGCAUUAGCCCUGUCUUAACAUCACAUUGCCAUCCUGUUGCACUGCAGCUGUAAAUAGCAUGCUAAAAUAAAUUUUUGUGUGUGUGUGCAGAAACUAAGGGUCCAAUUUAAGAUUGGGUGAUGUUAGUGGCAUAAAAACAAGUUCUCUGGCCUGACAUAGCAUCACAUCACACACACAGAAAUUAGUAUAUCCAUGUAUGUCAAAUACAGGUUACAACAGCAGGGCAUUAUAUGAAGAGGUGUUGUCUUCGAAUAGGAAGUAGACUUGAUCCCCUAGCGUAUUUGGGGAGAAAGUAACUACUUAUGGUCAACCCCUUUCCUUAAGAAAUGUCCAGUUUUGAGCGACUGUAGAAUGGAUGAGUUUUCUUGUUUUGUUGAUUAUUUGAGGCUUUUAACAAGUAGUUUGUGAAAGAAGCUGUUGGAUUCAAUAUAGAGUAGAGAAAAUAUCUUUAUAGUCUGGAUUUCUGCCCUGCUUAGAUUUUAAAAGUAUAAGCAUGGAUUGCCAAUUCCACUUGAUGUAAACAAAACUUUUUAUACAUAAUAUAUAUAUAAUAACUUAUUGUAUCAGUCCAGGUUCAGAAACUUGUGGUAGGCCAGUUCCAGAUAGUUUCAUUUCACCUGUAAACUGUAUCACUUUUACUGAUAUUGUAAUUUUCAAAUGUAUAAUAUGUUUACAGAUGUGCCCUGCAUUUAGUCUGCCUUGUUCCUAUUUUGAUUUUUGUUGAGUCUCCUGCCUGCUUGCCAAAAGCUAGGAUGCUUCAGGCCCAUGUACAAUUGAAAGCAGAGGCAUCCUUGAGCUUUAAAGCAUUGAACAAACUGGAAAAUGCAACAUACCACAUACUGAAGUGAAAGAAGUCUGUGUUUUUGUGUUUUUUUUUUUAAAUAAAAAUUUUCAAAAAGUUAAAAAAAAAGAUAUAAGGUUGAUUAAAGGAAAAAAGGCUCCAGUUUGUUUUAUAGGUUUUAAAGUUCUGCUGUGUGUUCAAUUGCCUUGUGUAACCACUUGUCGCCUUAGGGCCAGAUAUCCUCCCGCCCCACACCCCCCUCCUUUUUUAAACGUCCGUUUUGCUUGCCUGGAAUUUUAAAGCUCUUCUGUCUCACAACUCGCAAGAAACUUUCUGGGUUUGUGACAUGCAGAGGUUGAAUUCAUACAUAUUUAAAAAGGAAAAAAAAAAAACCCAGCCCCCGUCUGAAUUGGGCUUUUUAAUAUAGAAGCAACAGUUAAAAAACCUCUUUAGAAAGCUGUAGUUGCUUUCCUGCUUCCCUUCCAUGUCCCUCAGGCCUCCAUGUUUAGAGAAGCCAAAAAGAGAAUGUAUCCCUUCUCUGUUUUUCCAAAGGUUUUUGAGAGUCUCACUUCUAAAUGAAACAAUGCAACGUUUCACUUUGAUUUCCCCACUGAAAUUUCCUUGAUUAUAUGGUUAGAGGUAUAUAGUUAGGAGUGUUUCUUAACCUUCUGGGAACCCUAGUGCCCCAUCAUAUUAACUGUCAGUAUUUUUGGGGCAUUGGGUUAAUGGACUUAAUUGCCUAGAUACAAGCAGGACUUCGGGACAAAUCUCCUUUGUGCUGUUUGGUAACACUUAACUCUACUUGUCGCAAUCUUUAUCCUUAGGUCCUCACACAAUUCCUUACAGAGCACUUAUUAAAAAAAAAUCUUAAGAGUUGAUCUGUUUUCUGAUUAUUUUUGUGUAAGCUUCUAAACAAACUUCAGCUGUGAUUAAUUUAGCACAUUUAAAUAACAUUAAUGUGUUAUUGUUUGGUAUAAAGAUUUUUCCUUCAACUCAGAGUAUUAGUACUGUAGCAUAAACCAAAUACAGUCUAGAGGGGAUUUUUAACAUCCCUCCAUUAUAAAGACUGAAAAAGGUGUGUGUGUGUGUGUGUGUGUGUGUGUGUGUUGAGUGCUUGUGUGUGUGAGGGAAAGAGGAGGAUAUUAAAAGUUAGUAAGUAAAUGAAUGUGUGUAAAACCUUAUAUUAGUAUUCAGAGGAUGAACUUGUAUUUAUUUUGUGCCAUUUGUUUUCAUUAUACAGAAUAAAGUCAGGUGGUUUUAAUCCUUAAAAGGGUAGUAUUUGAAAAAUGGCACUGAGAAUGAAAUCAUGACCUAUUUUUUUAAUAGCUAUGAAGAUACUAAUUAUGGGUGAAGAUUUCUUUUUAAAUCUGUCUUGAUUGUAGGCUUCUGUGUCACAUACCACUCUUGUAGAGGUCUUGAAUAAUUCCCCUUCCCCACAAAAGACAGGGUGUAUUUAUCUUUCUCUUUAUUCACCCCCACUUUGCUGAACUGAAGUUAAUUGCAUAGCCUUUCUUCUGACCUCCUUAGUAAUGAACUUUCACAUAAAGUGUAUUUAUAGCCUCUCUAGUUAGCCCUUCCUCCUCCUCUGCUUUCUAGGAGGGGAUAGACAAUAACUAGGAAUUUGUUAAUACCAGUUUGUUUUUUCUUGAAAUAAAUGGCUGGAGAGGUUCUCUUCGUUUUAGGAUUUUGCUGUUCUCCUUAAUCAUCUGUUUACUCAGUCAUCACUCAGAAUCUGCAAAAACUUUAUAAAGGAAAAAAAGUGCUGCAUUGUUUUUUCAAAUAACAAUUUUUAGGGAAAAUAUGACAAAUUUCAAUUAUGAGUGUUGGCCACAAAAUGUGUUCCUUCACAAAACAUUACAUAACAGCAGUAGUUUCAUACUUGGUUGUGGGCCUUGUUGCUAACCCAAUUGAAGGCACCUAAUGGUUUAUCUUUCGCUGUAAAUGUAUUUUAAACAUGAAAAAAGCCAUUUAGUGUGAAAUUGUAUGUCACAUCAAAUGGCCACAGGCAAGGAAAUCUGGAAGAGGACUUGACUUGAUUUUAAAUUCCGCUAAAUAAGAAGGGAGUCAUUCUUUCAAGGCUUUCUACAGAGAAAUAGAUUAAAAGUCCCAUUUCCAAGGAUUAUGAAUAUAGUUAAGCCACUGGGCCAUAUCCUCAAAUAACACAUGACCUCUCUUGUAUACCUAUGCUGACUGCAAAACUCACACUAGUGGGACAAAUACAUGUUAUGGACAAUAGUUCUUAUCAUCAGCUGUACCAGUUGAGGUAGAUUCUGAUUGGGCAGUGUCUUUUGAUUGUCCUACCCAGAAUUUAACUGCUGGGUUUUAAAAGAGGGUAGGAUUCACUCACCCCCCCCCCCCCCCCCAAAGUAUUGGUAUUUGUUUAAAAGGGAGGGGCGGGCAGGCAAGACUAGAAGUAUAGCUGCUCUGAGUUUGCAGAGACAUGGAGGUUAUCAUUAGUUCUUAAUAUUGAUGUUAUCUUUAUUAAUGUGAUUAAGUGACAGAGCACCAGUAUUCUUUUAUGGUGAGAAAGAUGGGCUUCUGCUUUGAGUAUCUUAAAAUGUUUCAUUUUAAAUACACUUCAAUCUGUUCAGAUGUGUUGGAACCAGGACCACCUUGAGUUGGUUUAAAGAAUGAUGAAUCAUUGGCUCCACUCGAAAGCACGACUUUACUGAGUUUUAAAUUAUGUUUCAUACCGUUUUGGUAUUCAAGAAAGAUCUUAGAAAUAGAGUUUUAAGUUGUCUGCAUAAUAAAAACACCCAGUGAAGCAUGGAAGGUAUGUUGCUUUUGCAUUACUGGGAGUGUCAAAUAGCAGUUAUGGGUUAGAAACCUAUGGAACAGCCAUUCUCACGUGUGAUGGGAUUGCUGAAUCAGACUUCCCUAUUAUUUAUAAAAUUUCAUUUAUGGCCAGAGUUCUAAAGCCAUUUUAUAAUACUGCAGUAUCCCUUUUCUACAGCCUUAUUAAAAUAGCUACAUUUAUUUUCCAAUGCACUAUCCCUUUUCUACAGCCUUAUUAAGAGAGAGACAAGCAUUUGUUUUCCAGUUCAGUUUCACAUUCAUUGUGUAUCAGAGUUUUACUCUUCAGACCAACAAACCAGCUUGAGGUAAAUUGUAUAGCUUUCCGUAUAACCUUUUUUCCUCAGGUGCUAAACAAAGGCUCCAAAAAUGGAUACUGCUUUAGUAAUGUCUGCUUUAUUCUUAAAUAUUUCUUUUGCUAGAUGUAAAGAUUUGAUGUUAACAAAAAUGGUUUUAAUAUGUAAAUAUGAAUGAAAGCCUUUAGUUUGCCCUGGUUUGUUAUUAGUCUGUUUCGUUAUUCUCUAUAGGAGAGAAUCCUUUCGUGAUUUUGAAUACAUUUCAUUAGGUAUUGUUGCAUUUUUAGAAUGAAAAUACAACUGUUUUCUGUCUUGGAGUAAUCCUGCUGCUGCUAUGAAAAAUUGAAAAUCAAGAAUGUGAUGCACUUUUUACAUUACUAUAUACCAGACCUUUAUAGAUUGCUUUGAUACCUUUCCUGUAGCACAGCCACUAACACAAGUGAAUGAAUUUAAAAAUUCUCUUUGAGAGGGAAUCAGUACAAAUAACUGGUAUUGGCCUGUGAAGGACAAUAAGUUAGGAAAAUAAAAAUUCUGUUAGUAUUACACUUUUGGCCUUAAAAUGUCUUCUACUACUGAAAAUGUUUUAAUUUUGUUUCUGUUAUUCCCUCUCUCUGCCUCAAAAAGAGGAGUUGGGAAGAAUGGCUUAAAGGAGGUUCUACCAUUGGUUUGUUGCUGAUCUGUCUUUUAGAAAGAAAACGAUUGUCUACUAUAUAAGCUGGGGACUUAUCUUUUGUUUGUAUACAGAGGAGAAAUAAUGCUGCCCCGAGCCAAUCAGAUUUAGUUUAAUGAAAUCAAUCAAAACUCCAACUGUUCUGCUUCUCUUGUAUAUUUUUACUUAGUGAAAAUAAACUUAAGUUUGGUAGGAAUGCUACUUGACAAGAGGAAGUCAUUUCUCAAGCACAUACCCAAACUUGAGGGCGAUUGAACCCAAAAUAAUGGAGGAAAAACACCAAAUUGGGUGGAGGAAUAUGAGAAAGAUACGUGGUCCAAAGCUAUCUGGUUAUAUUUUGAUGUUGCCAAUAUUGCAAAGCCAAAAUUUUAAUUUGCUUAUUUAAUAUGUUUGUUGGCCAGAGAUCUAUUUUUAUAUCAAUGUGCCUUGCAUGUAUAUUAAAAAAAAAAAUUGGAAAGGCCAUGUAGUAAUGCCUGAGAUAGUUGAUGGUUCUUACCACCUCACGAAUUUUUAUGCAGUAUGAAAUGCUCAUUCUGUCACCCAACUGGUGCUCUCUGUUUAAAGUUAUAUUGUCACAAACUGGAACUAUUUUAUAAACUGGGGAAGUGAUUUAAUUUACUUUUUUUGUUUCUUUUUUUGUUCUUAGUCUGUUAGUGGCUGUUCUGUAGUGGGAAAUAGUAAAAGGAUUCUUCACUCCCGUUCCCUCUCCCCUCAGCACCUUCUUCAAGUGAUGUGAUGACACCAUUUCUCGUGUGCUUUGAAAAAAGUUUCAGCUUGCUGUCUCCUUUAGUGUUUAAACAAAAAAAGAAAGUGUUAUAAAAAGCAUUGUUUGCAAAAUCUAGGGAGAUAACGGAGUCCCCUUUAAUUUGGAAUCCUAUGUGAGCUAUGAUCCAAGUUAUUGGCUCUUUCCAACUUAAAAUAUUUUUAUUGUUAAAGCACCUUGCUUAGAAAAUUUUAAGUAUUUAUGUCUGCAACAAUUGUCUCAAAAUAAUGAACUGUGCAAUUCUUGUCAUUAAAAGAAAAAAAAGAUCUGAACUCUCCCUAAUGUGACUUGUUAGUUUCUCUGUAUUUCCUGCCAGUGUAAAUGUGAAAAGCUUUGCUUGCAUUGCGUUUUAGAAAUGCAUUUUGCACACUCGAAUUUUGCCGAAGCUCCAUGAAAAGGUUAGAUCUAAGUAGAUGAAUAAAGCUAUGCACAUGUUUUGGAAGUUUAA